UCAAUGAAUUAGUUUAUGAUUUUAUUAAUCAAAAUACAAAUCUAUUUGUUGAACAAGAUUUUACUAAUUUUUUAGAUAUUAAUAAUAAAUAUAUACCAAUUAAUAUAAAGCUUAAUAAUAAGCAAAUCAUAGAGAUUAUUUUAGCAAAACAAAACAGGCAAGAACAAGAUAAUUAUAAUAAUACUAAUAAAGAAUUAGUACAAAUUUCAAUUUUAGAAG